AUGUGUAACACCUGCGGAUGGCGCCUAUCCCAGGGUCAAUCGAAGCCCAAGGCCAGGGGCGACGCCAAGGACCUGGCGGCGGUGGCGCCGCCGGGGGCGGCGUGGGCUGCACGCCCCGCAACCGCCACCGCAGCCGUUGCUGCUGCCGCCGCCGCCGUUGCCGCGCUGCUGCAAAAAGCGCCUGCAGAAGGUCACCGUGCAAUAAAAGCAUUGCGCGCCUCGACAGCAGCGGCGGUGUGCGCAGCGGCUGCGGCGGAGCUCGCGCGUGCGGCUUGGCCGGCCCGCGCUGCUUGGCCGCUUGCAGCGCGCCCUGUCGCAGGCAUUGUGGAGCUCUUUGUCAGUCGCCUGGCUGUUGCCGAGGCGGCGGCGGCGAUCGGCCGCCGCGCGCACGGCCAUGGAGGAACCGGUUGCGAGCGCGCCCCUCUCCGCCACCACUACCUGCCCGCCGCCGCCACCGCCGCCGCCGCCUCCGUGCGCCCGAGUACCUGGCGGGCGCCCGCGCGGAGCGGCCGCACCGCGCGCUGCGGCCUUGCUCGGUGCCGGCGGCGGCGGAGGCGGUGGACGGUGGAGGCGCCGGUGGCUGCAAAGACCGGCCUUUGGCGAGCGUCCGGCAAACAACAGGGUGGCGAGGGCGGUGGCGAGGGCGGUGGCGAGGGCGGCGGCGGGGCGGCUAGCGCCGUGGAGGCCGAGGCCAAGCGGAGCGCGCUGGUGGCUCCAAGACGCCGCCGCGAUCGUUCUCGGGGCGCUCGGAAGGUGCCUGACGUGAAGCCCUUAAUAAAAGUAGUCAAAGUAAAUGCGUUGGUGACACCUAAUUACCGGAGAAGUGAAUGGCGAAUGCUGGAAGAAUCUUUGGUCCAUCCUGCCUUUGGAAAAGGAAAUAGAGCUGUUAUGCAAGAAAGGAUCAAACUGCAUCAUUUUCUGGACCAAGAAAGGAGAAUUUUUAGUUAA